UGCUAGGUUUUCGAUCUACUGAAGUGCAUCACAUUUUUUUCUUUUUUUCUUUUUUUGAUGCGUAUCUAAUUUCUAGGGUUUAGUUUUAUUUUUUUUUGGAUAUUUGCGUAUCUGGAUCUGUGAAUUGUCAAAAUAUCAGAUCUUUAAAUUUCCUCUGGAAUCGAUUGAAAAUUUGGAACAUUCGCUGGAUCUGCGAAUAAUUCGAAUCUCGAUUCUAUACUGCAAUUUCUUCUGGAAUCGAUUGAAAAUUUGGAACAUUCUUCUAGCAUUUCUGUUGAGAUGUAUUUAAAUUUUUUAUAUCUUGAUUUUCCAGAUUACCCAUCUACUUUGUGUCAUUUUAAUAUUUGAGUUGCUAAUUCCCUCGUUUCUUCUACAUGUCUAUUGAUGGGGAUGAGACCGAGCAUGAUCAUUUUUGUACAAAGGCUUAUUGAAAUAUGUGAUUGUGAUUGCUAUAACGUCAUUGAUGUAUUUGUAUAAUUAAAUUGAGGUUGUUCUUAUGGAUUUAUGAAUCUAUCCUACAUACUCUGCAGAAUUGUUUAAAAUUUCUCAAAAUCUGUGGCUAAUGGCUGGUGGAGGACGUCUUCGGGACAGUGACAUCACAUACUUGUUGUUGCAAGAAGUACUUGUGCUUUAUAUUAUACAGUUGACGUUAUUAGUUGCAUGUUUAGCUAAAUUUAACACGAAAAAGAGAAAGCGUGGGCUAGGGACUAUAAAAUAUGACAUUAUCAGUAGGAUCCCUGAUCAAGAAAAGCAUUUAGCGCGCAUAAUAGGUACGAAUGAUAUGGAUUGCAUUGCAAACUUGCGUAUGGAUCGUAGAACUUUUAGGCGACUGUGUCGGGUACUACGUGAACGAGGUGGUUUGGUUGAUAGGAAAUACGUAACUGUUGAGGAACAACUUGCUAUGUUCUUGUCCGUCCUAGCCCAUCAUAAAAAGAACAAAGUAGUUCGAUUUGAUUUUUGGAGGUCCGGUCAAACCAUUUCGCGCUAUAUACAUGUGGUUUUAGGAGCGAUAAUGCGUUUACAUGAGCUUUUCUUACCAAAACCAGUGGCUGUUACCGAAGAAUGCACGGACCCUCGUUGGCAAUGGUUUAAGGGCUGUCUGGGUGCCUUAGAUGGCACCUAUAUCGAUGUAAUGGUUGGAAGUAGUGAUCAACCACGGUAUCGGACAAGAAAAGGCCAGAUUUCAACGAAUGUAUUAGGCGUGUGCGAUAGGAAUUUGAGAUUUACAUAUGUGUUAUCUGGAUGGGAAGGCUCGGCAGCAGAUUCCCGAAUUUUAAGAGACGCUAUACGUAGGCCUCAUGGAUUGAAAGUUCCAAAGGGAUAUUACUAUUUGUGUGACAAUGGUUACGCAAAUAGUGAUGGGUUUCUAACACCUUUCAAAGGUGUUAGAUACCAUCUCAAAGAGUGGGGUCCCAACUCCGGCAGGCCCCAAAACAAAGAAGAACUCUACAACUUGAGACAUAGCAAAGCGCGCAAUGUGAUUGAAAGGGCAUUCGGCAUAUUGAAGAUGAGGUGGGGCAUACUCCGUUCCCCAACGUUCUAUCCGAUUAAAACACAAAAUAGGCUUAUCAUGGCUGCCUUUCUACUUCACAAUUUCAUCCGCACGGAAAUGCCUAUUGACCCUGUGGAGCUACAAUUUGAUGAUUUGGUGCAAGAAAAUCAAGGUUUUGGCAAUGAGUUAGAACAUGAGGAAUACAUUGACACCGUUGUGAAUUCUCCUCAAUGGAAUGCAUCGAGAGACGCAUUGGCUGAGGCCAUGUGGCUCCAAUAUUCCAAUGGGGCGUAGGAUGGCUGUCGCCCAUGAGAUGUCAACGCCCCAUCCCCAUGUAGCUGUGGCAAUGGAUUUAUGAAGUUAAUGUGUGGGGACAUCUAGUCGAGCAAGCCACACAUUCUAGUCGAGCAAGUCAACGCCUCAUCUAGUCGAGCAAGCCAUUUACGGUCUGUUCCGUACCAGCAUACCAGAUCAAAUUAUUUUGAGGCCGAAUCAGCAACGAACACUCGGGACAACGGAUUACAAUCACCCCGUGGUUAUCUACAAUUUCAGACCGCAAUCUUGUGCAUGUCGAUGGCUGUGUUAAUCGUAGGGAUUGUAAUUGGCAGGUUCAUGUGAGGGGAGGGUGGUGAUGUCGAAGAUGGGCAGAAUACUCUUUAAUUUUUUUUUAUUUUUUUUUAAAACUUUGCGUUUGAAGUAGUGAUCUCCUAGACUUUGAAGACUAUGUUUUCUUGUGUUUGCUAAUUAUGUAUUUUGGAAUGGCUUAUUUUGGACAUAUGUAAUAUUUUAUGAUGAUGUGGGCGCUAUAUUUUGUAAUA